AUUGGCUACAUUUCACAGCGAACACGAUGGAAACUGCUUUACCAAGAUCAAAACGAAGGGUCCCCAAACCACUCAUGGAGAAACGUCGGAGAGAACGUAUCAACCACAGUUUGGAAACUUUACGCCGUUUGUUGUUGGAGAACACACGUAACGAGAGGCUAAGCAACCCAAAGGUCGAAAAAGCAGAGAUUCUGGAGAGUGUGGUUGAGUUUUUGAGGACUGAGCAUGAGGGAGAACAUACAAAUCCGCCAAUGAAGAGGGCUCUCUCCACGGAGGGAAGGGAGUCCCCCUGCAAGCGCAGGAAGAACUACCAGGAGGGCAUGAGUUCAUGCCUCCUGAGAGUCAGCCACUUCAUCAACACCAAGAGCCAGGAACUAGAAGAGACCACUGAUACAGACACCUCUGUUUCGGAGUCAGUGGGUCUCGCAAUUCCUCCAACUCAUGUGCAGUUUUGCCAAUCUGCUGCCAUUACUUCCAGCCAAGACCCUGAAGUCAAAACCGGAGAGCAUUCGUUCCAGCACCUGCCCUCUCCCCACAGUCAGGUGUUUCAACACAGCCAAAACAAAGCCCCAGGUCUGUGCUGGCCAACCCAGAAGACUGGUCUCAGCCACAACCCCAGCAGCAGACAUAGUCCCUCUUCAGAACACACAGAGCUCAGUGACUCUGUGUGGAGGCCUUGGCCUCAGUAAUGACAGACAGCCUCUCUCAACCAUCAGCUCAGUUUGCAGUUGUUUGACACCAGAGAGAGAGUUUGAAAUAGCUGACACAUUUCCAAUCAAGCCCAGCAGGAUAGGGGGGGAUGAUAGGUGGCAAUGGAGUGGAGGUGUAAAUAUUGGGAUAACUGAGGUCCUGACCAUGGUAGUUGGUCAAACUUUAUACCUUAUUUGCUGUAGAUUGUCUUUUUGGCAAUGCAUUGAUCAUGCUGUGAUAUUGUAUGGAAAUAGACAUAUUUCCACUCAGUUUUUGGUCUUUUACACAUCUGUCUACUUUUGAGGCAAAGGACCACUUUUUUUGUACAUUGUUUUUAAAUGGCUUUUGUGUGUGUGUCCUGCUGUCAGGGUGUGCUCCAAUACUGUUGAAAUGUUUUUUUUUAAUCUGUUACAUAACUGUUGUGCACACAUCUGGUUCAUUUGGGGUUAAAACAUUUUUGUGGAAAGACAUUCUUAUUUUGUAUGAUGGUGUGACAUUGAUGAUCCAGUGUUUCGUCAAAAUGAAAAGCGUUUACAUCCUGUUUAUGUUAAACAUGGUACACGGUCAUCUUUAUUUUUAUAUU